UGAUUGGGAUGAGCACAAGACCAGCUGCUCAGCUUGAGACGAAAUGCCACUCUGACACGUAGCAUUCUCCAAGCGAUAUAUGAUUGACUGGGCUGGAAAUGACCUCGAACGCUGAUCGGGAUAUAACGGGCUCUGAUAGCGUCAGGUACCACAGGACCCCCCCCCUUAUCCUUCGUGUUCAGCUUUAAUUGCUAUCCUUUGGUCUCUCCACUAGAUCUCACUCAGGACAAGGUACCACCCGAAGAGAUGAUGACAGGAGGGCGAAUGAUUCAAAGCUCUUUCUACAUUGUUGACAUCUUAUCCCUCACUUGUGUGAAGGGCAACACGCUCAAUGCCUGCUCAUUCACAUCGUCAUCCUAUUCAACAGAAUGGCUCAAGACAUAAACACAGAUCAAAGAGGGUCCUGUCGGGACUCAUGAUUCUCUCUGCCGACCGCAAUCUUCGGUUCAUCUACACCUCGCAUUCGAUGCGAGAUAUACUUGGCUACACCUGGGAGGAAUUAUCAGACAUAGGCCUGGCGGAGCUUUGGCACCCGGAGGAACGUAGUGCCUUGGAGAACAAGCUGGACUGGACGCUCGCCAAUCAGACCACAGGGGGUAUGAUCUUCCAGAGUUUGAGACAUCAGUCUGGGGAAUUCAUCAGAUGUUGUCUUUAUUAUCAUGUUGUUUAUGACCAAAUUAUGAUCAUCACCACUCGGAUGAACGGACGGCCUUCAACUCUGUCGCAUUCUUUGACUAAUCGGCAAGUCUACGAGACGAUACCGCCGGACACACCAGGAGGCAUGUGGUCCAUAGCGAAAUGGACGACCGGGCUGCAAGACUUGCCUCGGAUUGUUCAGACUGGCUUAUUCAUCCUUGCCCAGCCCUUCCGGUACAUCUCAACCAUGCGCCAGCGUCCACAUCCAUUGCGUACAUUUCUCCUCAUGGAUCGAUUCACCGACUCGGCUCGUAUCACCUAUGUCAGCAAUGAGAGAUUGGUUCCAGCCCUGCAGAUACUAGACCGAUCGUUCUACUCACUUGUCGCACCUCUCAAUCGCCAGUCCGUGCGCCAUCGCAUUGACUGUGCGAAGCGGAAAAUCCCGGUCCUACAAGAGGAUCGACGCUCUGGACUGCAGGAUUCUUUCCGGUUCUCAUUAUUGCGAGAACCGCACGAGGAGCCUCCAGAAUACCUGUCCGUCGCCGACAUAAUUCAAGUGGAGGGCAUCAUCACGGCAUACAGCGAUGGCUUGGGCUGUCUAUUAAUCAAACUGUGAACUAAAAAUGAUGCAUGGUGGUUUGUCUUGUCA